AAUUGCUUUUGCCCAAUUGACAGUUCUGACUUCUGAUAUUUUGUGAUUUUGUGAACUUUUGUGGAAGAAAAAUUGUAUUAAAUUAAAGGCUAUUGUAAAAUCUGUUCACUAAAAUGCCGUCGAAGCAAAGGAAAAUUGCAAUGAUGGGCUACAGAUCUGUUGGAAAAUCUUCUCUUAUUAUACAGUUUGUCGAAGGCCAAUUUGUAGAUUCGUACGAUCCAACAAUUGAAAAUACUUUUACAAAGUUCAUCCGGUUAAAUUCAACAGAGUAUGAAGUAAAGUUAGUGGAUACAGCUGGUCAGGAUGAGUAUAGUAUAUUCCCUCUUCAAUACAGUAUGGAUUAUCAUGGCUAUGUUUUAGUAUAUUCUAUCACAUCAAGUAAAAGCUUUCAAAUUGUUCAAAUAAUAUAUGACAAAUUAUUAGACAUGGUUGGAAAAAUACACGUUCCCAUAGUACUCGUUGGAAAUAAAACAGAUCUUCAUUUAGAAAGAAAGAUCAGUACAGAGGAAGGAAAGAGAUUGGCUGAAAAGUGGAAUGCUGCAUUUGUAGAAACCAGUGCUAAACGGAAUGAGUCUGUUACGGAUAUGUUCCAUGCGAUGCUCUCUGAAAUAGAGAGAUCAGAUGGGCACAUGCCAGAAAAAAGUGGAUGUACUAUUUGUUAAGAAAGGACACAAUCAAAGUGCUUAAUGUGAUUAUAUUUUCGUGCACAGCUGUAACAGUACCUAUUAUAUUUAGCAAUUAAAUUAUGUUGUGUUCACUUGUAUGUAAUGGAUAUGAACUGUUUAAAGUUUUCUCUUAUCAAUAAAUUUCAGAGUUAAGUAGUAAGUACCGUAUGUGGCUAGGUGACUUGUAUGUACACAAAUAUACAAUCAGUAAGUAUAAAGAGAUAUUUAAGUAAGACAGUUGAGUAAUGCAAUAUUCAAUAAGUUGCCAAUUUCAGUGCUCUUGUUUGUUCUUCUAGCUUCUAUUCUAAAUAUGUUUAACAAAUUCCACUUAACAGUGGAAAUAUUGAGAAUAUUUCGUAAAAGAAGCCCCAAUUUUCAUUUGAAAUAGUUAAGAGCGAAGAAGAGCACUUACUGAUGUUAUAAAUUAUAACAUUUUAGUUUGUUUGUUUGAUAAAACUACUGCAAAAUAUAAAUACUUCAAGGGGCAGUUUCAUCCUGGCAAAAAGUGUUAAAUAGGCAAUGAGCUGAUGAACUCACCUUUAUAAUUUUCUUUUGUGUAAGUUUUGAACAUGUAUGAUUUCACAGCCUUUUUGUUAAAUUUUUGAUAAAAUGUGUAUAUUCACCCAGCACUACCCACUUAAACACGAUUUUGUGUCCCUAAACUUUGUAUCACUGUUGUAAUUCUUGAAUAUUUUAGAUAUCAGAAUUAUGCAGGUGUAAAUAAGUGCAAUGUUAAUAAUAACUCAAUUUCUAUUAAAAUAUGUAGAUUAAAAAGGUUAAUUAUCAGUCUAGAAAAUAGCCUUCAUAUUUUUUUUUAUUUUCAACUUAUAAAUUAGCUAUGUUGAUCCAUUAUUGUACAAGCAAGCAAGAUAUAAUUAAAAAAAAAUAUGGUAAAACCAAUAACAGUUCAAAAAAAUGACAAAAUAAUUUGUUUUUAUGUGGUAUUUUCUAUUGUUAUAAGCAUAUUAAAUAUUUAUUUGUAUCCAAUUAGAUUUAAGUGUGUAUAAUAGAUAUUGUCAGCAAAGAUAUUAAAGUGUGACUUAAGUUUUUAAAUUUUAAUCAUAAUCUGUAUGUCAUAGGCCAAGCUUGAGAGAGAACUACACUGAUAAGAAAUAUAAAUAUUUUUUUUAUAUUAUGACUAAAUCCAUAUUUAUUUACAAUUGAAAAGCUGUUGGGAUAAAUAUAAAUAUAAUUGUAUUUUGGCCUUAGUUAUAUGUACUCACUACUGAUUUGGUAAAGAAUUUUAUCAAAAUUAUUUUAGAGUUUUCAUUACGAGGACGUGUUUGAUUGCAUUUAGUGAAGUUAGCAUACAUGAAACCUUAUCAUAAUUGUAAGGUAUGAGUUGUUAAUCCAACCACCAUGAUUCAGUUGGAUAUCUCUUACGACGUACUUUGUAUAUUAUAUCAUAAGGUUAUUCAUUUCAUAGUGUUAAUAGCUUUCUGUGUCGGCUUUUAAAAAAAGUAUAGAAAUGAUCUGUAACUGAUCAUUCUGGAUUUUAACGUCACAUUUAUACCCAUGCUUUAUUAAAUUAUGUUGUUACUGUUUCUAUUUAAUUAAAUUACAAUUCCAUCGAAAUAUGGCACUACAAUAUAAUGGUAGGUAAUGUAUUUUUUACUUUGGUUACCUGUGCAGCUUCAAAAGUUCAUUUUUUAAAAAGGGAUAUUAAAUCUAACAUACAUUUUUUAAAUACAUGGGUGCACUGUUAAUGGAGAUUUUCAAUGUAUAUCUAAUUAUAACUACUAAUAUAAACACUUGUGUACGUUAUUUUUUAAGUCUCGUAUUGUGUGUGCAAAACGUGCACAUCAAAAAUAAAGGGCCAUUCAUGAUGAUGAAAGAAUAGCACACAAUAUGGUGGAAUCUUUUUAUACAGCAAUUUUGGUCCAUAUAUGUACUUUGGUUGAGAUUUUCCAGUUAAUGCAUACCUACUUUCUUGAAGAUAAUGUAAAAAAUUUUAGGUAAAACUUACAUUGAAAAUAAUUUUAAAACUCGAAUUAUUUUACUUAAUUUUCCUCUGACAGAUUUAAGAAUAACUUAAAAUUCACUGGGUAAAGCAAUGAGAUAAUGUCUGGCAUAUUAUUGUUGAUAAAACGGGUAUAGAAAAAUUCCUCAGGAGUAGGUUUUCCAACUUAAUUUAAGUUGAAAUAUGAUAUUUUUUGAUGAAGGGGAGCAAAAUAAAAUCCUUCCACAUUAUCAAUUGAUAUAUUCUGUGAACAAAUAGCAUUCUUGAGGUUCUAGACAUCUCAUUUCUUAUGAAAUCUGUGGAUGUACUAGUACUGCAAAAAUAUUAAAUUAACACUGGCCUAUUACCAUAUAUUAUAUUUAAAUUUUACAGUUACUAAAAAAAAAUUGUAUUUGUGAUACUGUUUUGUUACAAGAAAACUGGCAAAUUAAAUAUGAUAAAUGGGUUUAAAAUAGAUGUUUUAUUAAUACUUAAUAGAAUUAAAAUUAUAAUUGUAAUUUACACGGUUAAUAAUUUGAACGUUGUGUUCUGCGUUAUGCUAGAAUCAAAAUGUAGAAAAAGGACUUAUUUCUAGGUAAAAUAGUUUGUAUGAAUAUUGCGUGAUCGGCUGUAGCAUAGAAUGUAAUUAUGUAAAUAUUUUUAUUUAAAGCAAAGUAAAUGGCACAAAUAAUAAAUUUAGAAUUUCAGCAAGUCAAGUCAAUAAAUAUUUUGGAAAAGUGAAGCGUGUGCAUAUUAGAAAUUCCUAUCGAGGUAGAUGGCGCUGGUGAGCCUCAAUUAUGUUAUUAAUUUUGCUCUCGCGUGGACUUACUGCUGUAAUAAUUAUCAAAAUAAAAUUAUUACGUAGGUACUGCUAAAACAGGAGGAAGAUCACGAUUAUAAUUAAUUCUUUUACUUAUAUCCUUUUUAUUUGGAAAAUCAAAACAUGUAUGGCAUCGUAAUUUAUUUAGGGAAUAAGGAUAAGACUUACAAAGGUGGAUUUAAAACAUUUCCACACACCUUCCUCCUCAAUUAUUUUGUAGGUAUUUUCCUAAUUUGUACCUAAUCUCAGAUAAACUAAAUAUACAAUCAAAUAAAAAACUUUUUAGUUGAUCCGAGUUUAUAAUUCCCGUGGUCGUUAUCGACUCUACUUAAGUCGCUAUCUCCUUGUUUAAAAAAUAGGAUAAAAUAUGACUCUAUCUUGUUCAUCGAAAAGUUCUGAAUCUACUCUUGUGCGUUACCAUACAAGCAAAAAUAUUAAAUUUUUUCAAGUGGUUUGUUUCCAUGAGUAUGAGAGAUGUUUUGUUUUGUAUUAAAUUACAAUUUAUUAUAAAUCACGUUGCAAUGUGAAUGAACUUAAAAUGUGGCUUUAAGUAAAAUUGUUUGUCAAUAAAGUCGUCACUGGGUUAUGUGCAUUACAAAA